AUGCCUUCGCUUGUUGGAAAAGAAGUCGGCCCUACCGGGUACGGCACCAUGAGAAUGACAUGGAACCCCCAGCCUCCAUCCCAGGAGACAUGCUUUGAGACCCUUAACACGGCUCUCGAGCUGGGUGCCAACUUCUGGAACGGUGGCGAGCUGUACGGCACCCCAGAGUACAACUCCCUUCAUCUGCUGAACCAGUACUUCACCAAGCACCCAGAGAAUGCUGAGAAGGUUGUUCUCAGCAUCAAGGGUGGCCUGAAGAAGGGAGAGCUCAUCCCGGAUGGCUCUGAGGAGAACAUCCGUCGUAGCGUGGAUGAGUCUCUGCGUGUCUUGGACGGCAAGAAGAAGCUUGACAUCUUUGAAUGCGCUCGUCAAGAUGCCAAAACUCCCGUUGAGGACACUAUCAAGGUCCUCGCAGAGUAUGUCAAGGAGGGUAAGAUUGGAGGUAUUGGGCUGAGCGAGGUUGAUGCGGAGACAAUUCGCCGAGCACACAAGGUGCACCCCAUCGCCGCUGUCGAGGUGGAGAUGUCACUUUGGUCUACUGAUAUCCUAGAAAACGACAUCGCCAAGACCUGUGCUGAGCUCCAGAUCCCCGUCAUCGCUUACUCGCCCCUGGGCCGAGGUGUGCUCACAGGAGCUGUCACCUCCAUGGCAGACAUCCCCGAAGGCGACUUCCGACGCCACAUGUCCCGUUUCCAAGAGGAGAACUUCCAACAAAACUUGAAGCUCAUCAACGCUGUCAACGACCUGGCCGCUCGCAAGGGUGUCGCCCCGGCUCAGAUUGCCUUGGCCUGGAUCCGCAGCCAGAGUGGCAAGCCUGGCCUGCCCACUAUUAUCCCCAUUCCUGGUGGUACUACGAAGGACAAGGUGAUCCAGAAUAUGAGUGGUGUGCAGGUGCUGACGGAUGCGGAGCUCGCUGAGAUCGAUGCCCUCCUGAAGGUGCACACUGUUGCUGGGCCUCGGUACUAG